GCGGGGCCGUAUAGACUAGACGAGCCCGCGGGACUGGUGCGUUCCACUAGGAUGGCGCGGGGGGCUUUGCGAGGGUUCUGACUCACCGUGUCAGCGUUUCCCACGCACGUCCUCGUGUCGCUCUCGGCUGAACAUUUAAGACCGGCGGUCUUCCGACGGUUUGUCGAUCAUAUUGUGCCAUGAAAGGAGGUUGCUGGUGCCGGAUCUUGUGGCCGCUUCUCGGCGCAUAUUUGGCGUGUGCGGCGGUGGUCGGGUACAAACCGGUCAUCAUUGUCCACGGGCUCUUCGACAGCUCCAGGACCUUCGGUAAACUGUCCACCUUCAUCAGGCAGUCUCACCCAGGCACCGAAGUGUUUGUCUUUGACGUGUUUGACAAUGGUGCCAGUCUAACGUCGAUGUGGAAGCAAGUGGAAGGCUUUAAGAAUAUCACCUACCCUGUCAUGCAGAAUGCCACAGAUGGGGUUCAUUUCAUCUGUUUCUCACAAGGUGGAUUGAUAUGUAGGGGACUACUCUCCAUCAUUCCAGACCACAAUGUUCACACUUUCAUUUCCCUUGCUGCACCACAAGCUGGACAGUAUGGAGACACAGAAUACCUUAGGCAUUUCUUUCCACAUUUUAUCAAGUCAAAACUCUAUAUUGUGUGCUACAACACUGUGGGGCAGGAGCUGUCUAUCUGCAACUACUGGAAUGAUCCACAUCACAGAGACCAGUAUCUAAAAAACAGCAAAUAUCUUGCAUUGCUCAACAGUGAAAGACCACAUCUUAAUACAUCAGUCUGGAAAGCAAACUUUCUGCGUAUUAAUAAAUUAGUGCUGAUUGGUGGACCUGAUGAUGGCGUAAUAACACCAUGGCAGUCCAGUCACUUUGGAUUUUACAACGAAAAGGAGAACACUGUUGAAAUGGAGGAGGAGGAUCUGUAUGUGAAGGAUUUGUUUGGGCUGAAGACACUGAACACUCGUGGAGACCUGGUGAUUUGUGCCUUCAAUGGGGUGCAUCACACAGAAUGGCACUCCAAUGAAACAGUAUACAGGGGAUGCAUUGAGAAAUGGCUCACAUAGACCUCCCGGACACACACUGAUGGGGAGCCCCAACGAUGGUUUGUUUGGCGUUUUAGAAUCAGCAUUGAAAAUGAGCAGUUUUACAUGAUUUCUACUGAGAAUACAAAAUUAAAGU